GAAUUUUUUAAUCGAAAACUAGGCUAAGUGAACAAGUUCAAGUUCAAACAGCUGAUCCGAUUUGUUUUGGUUUUUCAUGUGAUAUAACUUAAAAAAUUAAGCGAAUAAAGCCGUUGAGGGCACCCACGAUGUUCCAACACGGACACCUGCUGUUCUGGCGGGCAAUAAUCGCGCGAAACCUACACACCUCUUUUAUCCAGCAAAUGAGUCACUACGACGCGUUGGGAAUUGGAAAAAGAUCCACCCAGAACGAAAUCAAGGCUGCCUACUACAAGCUUUCAAUGCUUUACCAUCCCGACAAGAAUCAAGGAAGCGAAAGUGCUGCUAAGAAGUUUAGAGAAAUCAAUCAGGCAUACGAAGUGCUUGGAAACUACAGAUUGAGGAGAUUGUACGACAAGGGCAUUGUGCACACAGCUGGUGCACAAUACUCGUCUGAUGUUCAGGAUUUUCCCGAUCCCGUCGUAGAGGACGAUCCUGAAACCAAGUUCUAUAAAUCCCGGUUCCAGAAGUCGCGGGUGGCCGAUGCCGAGGGACGGACUCCUAUCUACGACUUUGACGAAUGGUCCCGUAGUCACUACGGCAAGUCGUUCGACCGUAGGCAGGCUGCUCAGGCAAAACACGAACGAAUUAGAGUACAAAAAGAGGCUAACACGAUUUCUGGGCAGACUGACUUUGUUUUGCUAUCAAUGCUCUUUGCCGGAGUUGCACUCUAUCUCAUGUUCCUCGCCGAGAGCUCCUAUGAUACUCCGAAAGCGCGAGCGGAAGAGCGACACAAAAGGUUAAAAGAGGGACAAAGUCGGGUAGGCAAGGAAUAGAACUUAAGCUUAGACUUAGGCUUUAAUGUUUAAAAGAUGUCUAUUUUUGUGGAUAGGAAUCGAAAGUGCUUAGUUUUCAAGAAUAAGGAAAUGAAAUCAAAUGUGUAAAUAAAUAGACAAUUGCUUUACGAGAUUAACAAAAUUAACUUUAAUUAAAAUCUUCCGCUGCGUUUUCGA